AUGCUGGACUAUGGCGUUGGCGUCUCGGGAAAGCGGCCCCGCGGCCGCUUGAUCAACGAGCCCACGACUGCCAAGGACGAGCCUCUGCGUGACAUCAACCAGCUCCAUCGACUCAUCCUUGAGUGGAGUUUGAACCUCUCUGAUGAAAUCCCUCCGAACUUCAAGUUCAACUUGACCAACGUUCCCAGCACUUUCCGCAACGUCGAAGAGUACGCCGCGACUUUUGAGCCGCUACUCGUGCUAGAAUGCUGGCAGAAGCUGAUGAAGGCCAAAGAGGAGCUGAACAUGGACGAUACCACGGAGCUCACUAUCAAGGGUGUCCAGGCAAUCAACGACUUUCAUGACAUAUCGUUCGCUAUCUCGUCGGAUAUGGCUCGUCAGCGCGACCUUUCCGAGUCCGAUCUCAUCCAAAUCUCCGAAAGCCGGGCCGCUGAUGGUGGCCAAAUCGCGAUUCUGGGCAUCAUCCGCUCGAUGCAGUUCAGAAAGAACGAAUGCAGCCUCGUUUGUCGCGUGUACCUUGCCAAGCGCUACAACUAUAUUCCAAGAAUGAACGUCGGCUCGGUUUGGAGGGCCCUCAGAAUCUUUGCCUUGACCCCGGUCGAGCGCGAGUAUGCGGCCAUGAUUCUGCUGUCGUCAUGCUCGCUUCUCCCUCAGAUUCUCCAGCCUCAAAAGGCACCCAAGCCGACGUUUUCUCGAGGGCAAGUGGAUGACAUCAUCAAGACGUACAACGUCAAUCCUCCACAGGCCGAAGCAAUCUUGGCUGCCCAACACCAAACCACAGGCUUCACACUGAUUCAAGGUCCACCCGGAACAGGCAAGACCCAGACCAUCCUUGGAAUCAUCGCCUCGCUUCUCAGUCCAAAGAAUGUGAUCGCAGUUCCAGUGGCAGAUCGCAGCAAGUCAGUCGAGGCAUCGUCCACAAAGGCAACAGCCAACAAGCGCAGGCUUCUCUGCUGUGCGCCAUCCAAUGCUGCCUGUGAUGAAAUCGUCCGCAGAGUCAAGACGGGCAUCCCCCUUGGCAAUGGCACGAUAUUUCGACCCAAGGUUGUGCGAAUCGGAAAACCUGAGGUGAUCCACGAGGUCGCCAAGGAGGUCUCCCUGGAUACCCUCGUAGAAAAGCAGCUGAAAGGUCAGGAUGUCAAGGCCGAGUACGACCUUACCCAAGACGAGUCCUUGGCUCAGAAAGAAAGCAUUCUUCGUGAAAAGAUCAGGGCCCUGAGCGACAAGCGAGACGCACAGCGACGGGAAAUGAGCGAGUCCCGAGGAGACGGAUCGGACCAAACAGUCAGGGAAAUGUCGCAGAAGAUCCAGGAAAUUGGGCGAGAACUUGAUGCCAUCCGAAGCCAGCGUCAGAAUGCGAUCAAAAACAUGGACCAGGCGCGGCACCGUGCCCGAGCGAAGGUCGUCUGGGACGCAGAUGUCGUGUUCUGCACUCUCACUUCGGCCGGCCAUGAGCUUCUGGGGUCAAUCCAAGAUCUUGUAUUCCCGACGGUUAUCAUUGACGAGGCGUGCCAAUCUGUAGAACUCCAGACGCUCAUCCCGCUUCGGUUUGGGGUCCGAAAAUGCAUCAUGGUUGGAGAUCCCAACCAACUGCCCCCUACGGUCGUGUCGCAGGUCGCGCAGAGCUAUUCAUACGAGCGGUCUCUCUUCCAGAGAAUCAUGGAGUGCUCACGAGACUCUGUUCACUUGCUCAGCAUCCAAUAUCGCAUGCACCCAGAGAUAUCGGCAUUCCCGAGUCUGUUUUUCUACGACUCGGCGCUCAAGGACGCCGAUGGCAUGGCUGAGAAGUGCUCGGCCCCAUGGCACACAAACCCGAGCUUUCCGCCAUACUGUUUCAUGGAUGUGCACAGCGGCCGCGAAGAGCAAAGCCGUGGAUUCUCACUGUUCAACAUGGAGGAAGUUGGCGUUUGCGUCAAUCUUGUUGAUUACCUCUGCCGCUCAUACCCAAAGCUGAAGAUGAACCCCCCCUUCUCAGUUAUCACCCCAUACAAGCGACAGAUGCGAGAAUUGAGAUCAGAAUUCAUGCGACGAUUUGGCUCGGCCGUUCUAAAGUACAUUGAUGUCAACACGAUCGAUGGGUUCCAGGGCCAAGAGAAGGAAAUCAUCGUCCUUUCCUGCGUCCGAGCGAGUCAAGGUAAGCCAUCCCACAAGGGAAUCGGCUUCCUGGGAGACGUCCGCCGCAUGAACGUUGCAUUUACUCGUGCGCAAAAGUCACUCUUCAUCGUUGGCAAUUCGGAAUCACUGCUUGGCAAUCCAACAUGGAAAGCCCUCGUGGUGGAUGCAGAGCGCCGCAAAGUGUCGUUCAAGGUCAGUUGGUGA